AACAGAUGAAAUGCGAUACAAAAAUGAAGAACGAGAUUGAAAUUAACAGAUGUGAACAUUAUACUAUUUACAGAGAGAUACAGCAACCUUUUCCUGAAAACUUUAAAAUUUCUGCAGUUCACAUAACUAAUUAUUUAAAAAAAAUACGGGAUCAGGAAAUAGGACAGUAUUUGUUUUAUUAUUUUAUGAAGUUUGUUGAUGAAGAAAUAAAAGAAUUUUUACCAAUUAAGGAUUUUGUAAUAGAACAACUAGAAUUUCUUGGAAUGAAAUAUAUCAAAGGAAUGAAAAGUCAACAAAUGGAACUGUUAAAAUCAAUAUCUCAUAAUUCAUAUAUUUUGGAUUUCGUAUCGGUGGCAGACUUGUUUGAUCCGUCCAUCAACGAACCCGAGGAUUAUAUUAGAAUGUUCGAGUUUUUAGUUAAUUGCAUUGACUCUAUUCCUAAUUCCAUACUAUGUAUUCUUCUAAAUAAGUUUGAUAUUUCUCGAUGGCUGGGCGAGAAAAAACAAACAUCUAACAUAAAUCAAAUUAUACGCAAUGUCGGAAGAGCAUUGUGCAAAUUGGGAGUUGAAAUAAAUGAUGAUAAACGGCAGGCAUUUGACAUUUAUCUCAAAGAUUUACAAAUCCUUUUACUUUACCAUUUUCCUACAUAUUAUGGAGAAAUAUUACAACUACUUCUAAUGGGCACUGAUAAAUUUCUACUGCAUAAAAAUGUUUGGUUAAUGUUUUUGAAUUCCGUGGGAUAUCCUUUAGAGUCAUUGGAUGUGGAGAUAGAUAACAAGUUGAUAGUAAAUUACAUCUCUAAAUCGUGUUUACAGCUUCCUGAUGUAUCUGAAACUUUGAGAUUAAUUACAAAUCAUUUUAAGAAAAAGCUUUGUGAAAUUAGCAACUUGUUCGACAAAUAUAAGUAUUACUUGCCUGCUGUUUAUAAUUUAUUAACAAUGCUUGGCCACAGUCUGAUAUAUUUGAGAAUUUCUUCAAUUUUUUUUGAUCCUCACGUGAGCAUUAAUGAAAAUGAUGUUAUUGUAAACUUAUGGGAAGAACUGAAUAAUAUAUUUGAACCUUGGACUAUGCCACGUGGUAAAGUAAUGCCUUGGAACAAAGAAAAUAAUCAAGAAGCCGAUAAAUUACUUCGAGCCUAUACGAUUACGCUGUCGUAUUUUGAUGACUGUUUAUUUUACAAUGAUAAUUUGCAUAACCAAACCAUUUUACCCAUAAUAUGGAAGCAUUAUGUGGAAAAGUACAGCAAGGACCACGUUCAAAGUUAUGUACGAUGUGCGUAUCAGGAUGCGCUACUCUGCUUAUCCUGGGAAAGAUUUGUUCCGGAAUUAGAAGAUUUGCAUAGAAUAAAUGAAGUAAUUUUUUCUUAUAUUAUGCUAUUUUGAUGACAAAGGUUUUUUAGUUAUUG